AAAAAUUUUAAAAGCAAUAAAAUGAAUUGUUUCCAAACAAGUUCUUUUACUGUUUUUGAUUAUUUUUAUAAACAUAAAUGUAUGUUUCUUUGGAUUUGUGGCCUUUGGAAGCAUCUGAAAUAGUAUUUUGCUCCUCUGGGAUCCUGCCAAGGGAAUCGCUGGGAUGGACUCUCAAACAGUUUGUCUCCAAACACUUGAGUGAUGAGCUCUAGAGAGCACCUGGCAGGAAUAUGAUGAAGGUCCUUUUAAAGAGGGAGUGAGGCUCAUCUGGGUGUGCCGUUCCUCAACGCCCCUCCUGGCAGAGCUUGUCCUUUGCAGCCAAAAGUCAGAUCUCAAGCUGUAUAAAUUGUCGGAACUACAUUGCCCAGGAUGUUCCGAAUCGAGCAGCAGCGCUACCCAAUGAGAGCUUAGGAAGAGGAGGCUACGUGAAGUGAGGGCGGGACUUCCGGUUUCCUCCCCGGCGACCAUGUUAGGCGCUCCCGGUUUUGUUCAACCAGUGUGAGAGGUUCGGCAAUUGUGGGUCGAGCUUGAGGUGACUGAAUAGAGAAAGUCAGAGGCGCUGUCCCCGCUGCACAGAAACGCGUCCGAGGGUGACAGCCGCAGCCCAGGGCGCCCCGCGAAAGGUCCUCCGCUUCCGGCCCCGCGUCGCCACAGAGCCCGAUGGCGGCGGCCGCGCUGAGGGACAAGCCUCAGGGCAGUGUGACCUUUGAAGAUGUGGCCUUGUACUUCUCCUCGGAGGAAUGGGAUCUCCUUGAAGAGUCUCAGAAACGCCUGUACCACAAUGUGAUGCUGGAGAACUUGGCACUUAUAACCUCCUUGGGUUAUUGGCAUGGAACAGAAGAUGAAGAGGCACCUUCUGAACAGGGCAUUUCUGUACAAAGAGUGUCACAGUCUCACACUGUCAAGGCAGGUGUGUCCCUCAAGAACACCCAUUUUUGUGAGAUAUGUGGCCUGGACUUGGGAGACAUUUUGCACUUGACUGAGCACCAGAGAACACACUGUGAGCAGAAACUGAAUGAUAUUGGGGCAAGGGGAAAACAGUUGUAUUUCAGUGCAAAACUUCAGCACCAGAAGCAGCACAUUGGAGAGAAAUGCUUCAGAGGCAACAUGGGCAGAGCCUCAUUUGUGAAAGACUGCAAGUUUUUUGUGUUGGGGAAGUCCUUUUCCUGUGGGGAGCCCACACACACCAGGGAGAAGUCAAUGAGGAGAAGUGAGUGUGGAGCAGCCUUUCACAGGGGAAAAACCCAGUACAACUCUGGAGAAUGCACAAAAGACUUCACUUGCAAACACAUACUUGUUCAGCAACAAAGAGUCUCCACUAGAGAAAAAUGUUACAUGUGUAGUGAAUGUGGGAAAUCUUUUAGCAAGAGUUACAGCCUCAAUGACCAUUGGAGAGUUCAUACUGGGGAAAAGCCUUAUGAGUGUGGGGAAUGUGGGAAAUCUUUUAGGCAAAGCUCGAGCCUCAUUCAGCACCGUAGAGUUCACACUGGAGCAAGGCCUCAUGAGUGUGAUGAAUGUGGGAAAUUAUUUAGCAACAAAUCCAACCUCAUUAAACAUCGGAGAAUUCAUACUGGAGAAAGGCCAUAUGAGUGUAGUGAAUGUGGGAAAUCCUUUAGUGAAAGCUCUGCACUCCUUCAACACCGCAGUGUUCACACUGGAGAAAGGCCUUAUGAGUGCAGUGAAUGUGGGAAGUUCUUUACAUACCACUCCAGUCUCAUAAAACACCAGAGAGUUCAUUCUGGAUCAAGGCCCUAUGAGUGCAGUGAAUGUGGAAAAUCUUUUACUCAGAACUCUAGCCUCAUUGAACACCGUAGAGUUCAUAGUGGAGAAAGGCCUUAUAAGUGCAGUGAAUGUGGAAAAUCUUUUAGCCAAAGCUCUGCACUUCUGCAACAUCGGAGGGUUCACACUGGAGAAAGGCCUUAUGAGUGCAGUGAAUGUGGGAAAUUCUUUACUUACAGCUCCAGUCUCUUAAAACACCAGAGAGUUCACACAGGAUCAAGACCUUAUGAGUGUAGUGAAUGUGGGAAAUCUUUUACUCAAAACUCCAGCCUCAUUAAACACAGGAGAAUUCACACUGGUGAAAGGCCUUAUGAAUGCAGUGAAUGUGGGAAAUCUUUUAGCCAUAGCUCCAGCCUCAUUAAACACCGAAGAGUUCACACUGGUUAAAGGUGUGAGUGCAUUCACUUUAGGAAUUUGCUUAGCCUUAGGUCCAACUUCAGUGAGUGCUAGAGUGUCGAUACUGGAGAAAGUUUUUAUGAGUAUUUGAAUAUGGGAAAUUAUUUUACCUGUAACUCUAUCCUCCUAAAACACUAUAAUGUCACCUUGGAUAAAAGCCUUAUGAGUGUGGCAAAUGUGGGAAAUCAUUUAGCCAAAGCCUAACCUCAUUAUACUCCAGACAAUUCCCAGUGAAGAAAAGCCUUAAUAAGUGAAUGUGAGAAAGCGUCCAGCUGAAGAACUUACCUCAUCGGAUACCACAAAUUUCAAAUGGGAGAACUACCUUCGUUAUGCAGGUAUAUGUGAUUUCUCUGAUCAAUGCAACAACACUGGAAGAGAUCCCUUCUGAAGAUGCCAUUUGCCUGUGUUGAACCUCAUACAUCUAAACAUCUACUUAAAUUCCAGGUAUGUGGGAACUACAUUGCACUUUUUAACCUAUCCAGUGACCUUGUGAGAUUUAGGUCACUACCACAUUUGUAGCAGAAGUUAUUUCACCUCUAACUACCUGGCAGAUGCCCAUAGGGUACCACAUCCACCCAUCCUAGUGUGUUCAGGGAGGGAGACAGCAGUGCUCUCCCAUUUGCGGGAUGAUUCAUGAGUGGCUUGAGCACUUAGUUUUUCCCCAUUACUUGUCCUCUUGAAAGUUAAAGCAUGGACUUUACCUGGUUUGGGCCUAGAGGACUCUGAUGGUGAUUUGAAAAGAUGGACUACAUUUUUUAGGAAUAUUAUUGGUCUCAUGAGACUCUAGUAAUGGAAUUUUCUAAUCCCCAGGUUGCCAACCUGGGAAAUAGUCUGCUCUUUGUUGUACAAUAAUAAAGGCCUUAUUAUUUAAGCCACCAUUAACCUUAAGGGUUGUCUUCACCGUAUAGGGUGGUUUGAGGUUAAUUGGAUUUGCUAGCACGGAGGGACCAACAGCCUCUGGUCAGGAUCCUAAAGUCCGUGCCUCAGCAGAGACAGGCUGAUAGCAGAAUAUGCCACUCCAGUUUUGGCUUGGGUUGCACUGCUGCUCAGAGCCUUCAAAGAAGCACUGCAGGGCUUGGUGGCUCCUAAUUUAUAGCUCAGAUGCCAUGGUAUUUUGUAGGUUUGGAGUUUAAACUGAGGAUGGGGCCUUGUUGUGAUUACCUUUAUUGCUUCUGAGAGCAACCUGAACUCGUUCUCUUGUUCACAGGCAAUAUUGCAUUGUGCUCAGCACUGGUGAGGGACAUCUGUUCCCCAAGUCCUGCAGUGGAGCCGUUGCCCUGGUAUCCUGAUUCUGUAGGGUAAUAUCACCAAUUUUAAGAUUUUAGGGGUCAGGGGAAUGUAAUUGUUACAGAAACACUGAAUUAAUAGGGAGCAGAGGAAACGACACAUUCUGGAUAGAUUGUGCCUCUUUUAAAAUGUCAUUCAUAAUGUUUAAUCACUAUGGUUAUGAAGGAUGAUCUGCUACAGAAAUUCUUAGGACUUCCAGGUGUUCCCAUCAUGGUGCAGUGGAAACGAAUCCAACUAGGAACCAUGAGGUUGCGGGUUCAAUCCCUGGCCUCGCUCAGUGGGUUAAAGAUCCGGUGUUGCUGUGAGCUGUGGUGUAGGUCAAAGACAUAGCUAGGAUCUGACCUGGCCUGUGGCUACAACCCUGAUUAGACCGAUAGCCUGGGAAUCUCCGUGUGCCUCAGGUGCGGCCCUCAAAAGACAAAAAAAAAAAAAAAAAAAAA